UUCAACCAUUUUCCUUGCACACACUUCUUCCCACCUCCCGGAAUACCUAAUUGUUCUUUGAAGCAAUGGAUUUCGACAGCCUUUCAAGGAGAGAAUUGCAGGCCUUCUGCAAGAGGAAUAAAAUCCCAGCCAACAUGACGAAUGCCGCCAUGGCCAACGCUCUCAAAGCUCUCGACAUCGUCGAAGGUGUUGAGGAAUUUAUGCAGUCGUCUCAAUCGGAGAGCGCACAAUCAGCCGUUGAGCUACUGGACAGCUCGGAGGUGACGUCUCCGUAUGUGCCUCCAACGGCUGCCAGGAGUACACGUCGGAGAAAUGCCUUGAAAGAUGACGCUGAAGAUGUGACCUCAAUAAUGACUACCACUCGGCGUACUACUCGGAGAACGGCUGCCAAAGCAUCUAAUGUCGCUGCAGUAGAAACUCCAGUAGUGAUGGCGCAAGCUAGUAGAAGGAAAGUCCAGAUAGCCUCAGCUUGUCUAAAAAUGGAUUCGCAGUUGAAGGAAUGUGUAGAGGAGGAAGAGAAGAAGGAUUUGAUGACACCUGCUGCAGUGGGGGUUACUAGCAGAAGAAGAAGGGCGGAGGAGACCGAGAAGAAAGUGUACAGCACGCGACGAUCAGUCAGGUUGGCAGUGAACAAUAAUGUGCAGAUGUUGAGCGAUGAGAAGAAUGGAGAAUCUGAGGUUUUGAAUAAUGAGUUAUUUGCAAAAGAUCGUGUUGAUCAGGAGGUGGAUCAGGAACUUUCAGGAAUUACUGGUGUUGACGCAAUUGAAAAUAUGGAAGAAGAUAAAGAAGAAGCUGACGUUGUUUCAGCUGAAAAGGAGGAUAUAACCAUGAGUGAACUAGAAUUAGAGAGUACUCGUGAAGAAGAAACGACCAUUGAUUUUACAGUGGAAGUUAAACCGAAGGAGGAGAUAUGUGAUGACACAGAAUAUCCUGGUCAUGAAGAGGUGGUGGUGCCAGUAGAUGUGAGCAAUGAAGUUGGACAGAGUGAAGGGUCUGUCAAUGUCCCCACAUGCGAAAUUGAAGUCACAGUUGAGAUAGACGCAGGAUCUCAAGUUGAUGGUGUAGUGUCUGAUGUUGAGAUUGAGGUAGUGUGUGACGAUGACAAGGAAGUAGUAAGUGCUGAAGAUGAUGCUGUUGAUUUGGGUAUUAUUCCUGAAACGGAAAAUAUUCCUGUUGAAGAAAGUGAAAAAACAGCAGUUGGAAUGGUGCAGAAUUCCCCAAGCAAGCAGCCAUCUGCUGUUCUUGUCCAUGAAGCUUCUGCAGAAAUGGGAAAUAAGGCAUUGCUGAAUGAUUUCAAAGAGAAUAUGGGCAGAGGCACUGAAAUGCCGAUCAUGCAAGAUACAGCAACAACCAAGGCAGCUAAAGACAGUGGUGAGAGUCUGCGUAGUUAUGAGGAAGAAAGCUUGAGAAAGCUCACCAAGAUGUUGAAGGAAAAACUACAGAUCUCCAGUAAAUCAAGAAACCAAGGGAAUGAGGCACUCCCGAAGAGAUCAGCUCUGCAAGUGCUUCCCGUGAACCGUAUGAUUGAUGGAAAUGGAAACCACCACUAGGCCAGCCACCCAAUUAUGCAACUCAGCUCUAUUUGAAUUUCCAUCUCGGGGAUGAAGUUUACAGGUUUUGAAAAUUUAGUGUGCACUGUGCGUGCACUACCGAUGAUGAGAAUUUUGAUGAGCAUCAAUUUGUAGUUUUGUACUGUUGCUGUUGUAUUUUGCGAGAGACAAGGUUUUCCCUAUCGUAAUAAACUUCAGUUUUGAAUCUCUA